CCCCAAGCCUGUCUCUUCCAUCCAAAUGAACUCUUCACACGCUCACAUAGUUUUUCUUGUUUGCAUAUGUAUAACCGCCUUCAGAUGCCCAAAUCUAUUGAAGAUCCACUAACUUAUCCCUUGAAUCUAUUAUCAUCAACAUUUCUUACUAAGAAAAUGAGAAAAUUAAUUGAUGCCUGGCUCAUACGUUGGCCUUCUAUAUGUGUAAUUUUG